AUGACCAUCCAAGUACAAGGUCAGAGCACAAGGCCAAUCCAAUUGCACCGCGGGGUAAGACAGGGGGAUGUUAUAUCCCCGAAACUGUUUACCUGUGCAUUGGAGGACGUCUUCAAGACGCUCGAUUGGAACGGAUGCGGCAUAAAUAUCAAUGGAAAAUAUAUGAAACACCUGCGAUUCGCCGAUGACAUAGUCAUCAUGGCAGAGACUCUGCAGGAUUUGGAAGAAAUGCUGAACAGCCUAGGCGAUUCUUCGAGGCGGGUGGGUCUCGGGAUGAAUCUCGACAAGACCAAGAUCAUGUCGAAUUGUCAUGUAUCCCCGAGACCAGUGAUCGUGAAUGGCGCUGUUCUUGAAGUUGUGCAGGAAUACAUAUAUCUUGGCCAAACUAUACAACUCGGCCGGCACAACUUUGAGAAGGAGGCCAACAGAAGAAUACGCUUGGACUGGGCAGCUUUUGGGAAGCUUCGUCAUAUUCUAGAGUCAUCUAUCCCACAAUCCCUUAAGACCAGGGCAUUUAACCAGUGCGUCCUACCCGUAAUGACAUACGGAGCCGAAACGUGGACACUCACCGUAGGGCUGGUCCACAAAUUCAAAGUCGCUCAGCGAGCAAUGGAACGCGCGAUGCUUGGAGUUUCUCUGGCAGACAGAAUUCGAAAUGAAGUCAUUCGCCAGAGAACUAAAGUAACCGACAUCGCGCGCAGAAUAAGCUCGCUGAAGUGGAAGUGGGCUGGUCAUGUCGCCAGACGUACGGAUGGCCGAUGGAGCCGAAGCGUGCUAGAGUGGAGACCACGUUUAGGCCAGCGUAGUGUAGGACGUCCUGCAGCACGAUGGACAGAUGACCUAAGAAAGGUGGCUGGCAGUGGAUGGAUGCAGGCUGCCCAAGACCGGGAUGGU